AUGCCUCUUCUGGGGCCCUCCAAGCUGCCAGACCGAUCAUCACGAUGGCGGCUUCUUGCCUUGAUUUGCUUCGUCGUUCUCGUCCAGGAUUUCGCCGAGUAUAUUGCCCGGGCGCCCCAGAUCGAGAUCUGGAUCGAAAUUGUCGCUCGCAAAUUGUGUCCCGGAGUGCAGGAUGGAUCGGGGUGCAUGGAUCUUGUGCAGAGCGAGGUGGCCCUCCUGGAAGGUUGGAAGGAUACGCUGGAGCAGGUUCCUGGCAUCUUGUUUGCGGUGCCCUACGGUGUGCUGGCGGACCGAAUUGGACGUCGGCCCGUACUGCUGCUGUGCGCAGUAGGUUUCACGCUGAGUGAUGUGUGGGUGAAAAUUGUCUGCUGGUUCUCUGAUCAACUCCCGCUGCGACUGAUCUGGCUCGCCCCAAUCGCCGAAGUGGUGGGCGGCGGCACUCAAGUGGCCACCUCCAUCAUGUUUGUCAUGCUGGCCGAUCUCUUCAACGAUGAAGACCAGACCACUGCCUUCCUCUACGUCUCGGCCACGGCUCUGCUCAGCGAGAUCCUCGCCACCCCAUUGGGAACCUUGCUCAUGACAAGGAACGUGUGGCUUCCGUAUAUACUGUCGUCAGUAGGGACUGCCGGCGGCGGACUCUUCCUCCUCCUCCUACCGGAGACAUUGCCGCAGGCGCCGCCUUCCUCUCCUAGUGGAACGUCGCGUGAGGAAGAAGCGGACAAAGGAAACAUCCCGGACCGCGUACGUGCAGGGGUCGAUGAACUGCGCCGGUCAACGGCUGUGAUCCGGCGCCAUCGCAGCGUGCAAUUGUUUCUGUUUGUGUUCUUCGCCGCCUAUCUCGGGAGGCAAGUCAUGAAGGUGCUGCUGCUCUUCGCAGCAAAUAGGUUUCAUUGGACGAUCGCUCAGGCCAGCUUCCUCAUUUCCGUCCGGGGGUUCACCAACCUCCUCCUGUUGAUCGUGAUCCUCCCGGGCCUAUCGCGAUGGCUCCUGCGACGAUGGAACAUGACCCCACUAUCCAAGGACACGAGUCUGGCCCUGACGAGCAGCGCUUGCUUGUGCGUGGGAUGUUUGCUGAUUGCAGUCUCGGUCCAUCCGGUGGGUGCAGUGCUAGGGCUGGUGGUGUUUGCACUGGGGUCAGCGAUGCACCUGUUGGCGCGGCGCAUCAUCACGUCGCUCGUCGACGCACAUCACCUGGGCACGCUGUAUACGGCGAUAGCAGUGAUGCAGGGGAUCGGGGUAGUGGUGGCGGGGCCAACGAUGGCCAUGGCAUAUGGCUGGGGAUUGGCGCAGGGGGGUGUGUGGACGGGGGCGCCGUUUCUGCUGGUGGCCGGGCUGUUUGGGGCGGCGGGGAUGGCGAUCUUGCUGGGAAGUUGGGAAGAGGGGAGGGGCGAUCUGGAAAGUGGCUAG